AUGUUGGACUUUAUCAUCCCUGAUAACUUUCCUCCUGACAACCCCACAGUGGAGACUACGGAACCAACUGCAACCAUUGCACCAAUCCCAAAUCCUGAUCCGCCUGAAAAUGUCAAUGUCAACACCACCUUGGAUAUCCCGGACGCAUUGAAAGAUCUCCUUUCUAACUUUCGUGCCUCUCUCUCGUCAACGGAUUAUUACACGUACCAAACUCAAGCAUUCAAGGGACUCAUCAAGGAAUUCAAGUUUGAUGCUGAUAACCCAAUGGAUGUUCUCACCAAGGCCAAGUCAAACAUGGAGGAAGCCGCUUUUGCUCUUACAGCAAAAGGAAAAAUCAACAAAGAACAUUCCCGUGAUUAUUCCAUGUCCGGAACCGUUUUAUACAACUCAUGUGAACCGUCUCUCCAGUUGUGGUUAGAUACCCAGAUUAGUAUCAGCACCGACACCAUUCUCAAACGCCAUGGCAACUCAGGACCAGUCCGUUUUUAUCUCAUUUGGUCUCGCUACGCCAAUGUCGAUGGAGCCGUAGCCACGUCUAUUCAAAACGCUCUUACCAAGCUUCAAGUGCGCGAUCUUCCCGGUGAGAAUGUGUCCCUUUACUUUGACACCAUUACCAUUAUUGAAGAGUAUCUUAGCUCCAUGGGCCGUACCAUUCCUGACUUUGUUUCACACGUUAUUGACGUUUUGAUCAAUGUGUCUGUUCAUGACUACUCCCUGUUUCUCAAGACACAACAGUUUGUCUCAAAUCCAGCGCUUCGGAAUAUACAUGCCCUUCGCCAGCUUGUCUGUGACCAAUACCAGCUGCUUCUCAAUUCUGGCAAAUGGCACCCUACAGCAAAAACUGGUGCCGCAUUCCACGCUGUCAAGAACUUCUCCAUUGAAACUGGUUUCCCCAACGACACUCCCAACACCAGUGCCAAUAUCAACCAGUCUCCUGGACAUUCUAAGCCCCGACUCUCUCGCGAAGAGUGGGAAAAGACUAUUGAUCGAUCUCCCCCGUCUCCGGGCUCCCCAGACUGCCGAAAGUCGACAAAAGGGGAUUUCAACGAGUACUGGUGUGUCACCUGCAAUCGCUGGGGCAAUCACCCCACCGACAAAACUCGUCAUCCCACGGCAAAGCUAGACCACACUCAAUUUCUCGAAAAACGAAAGAAGCGAUUCACUAAACGAGAGACUCAAGACCCAUCUCCGGCUCCCAUUCCAUUCCUUUGGCGUUCCCCCGGCGAAUUUUUAAUGGCACUGAUCUUACAGAUAAGCCCUUUCCUUUCCUUUGACCCCGGUGGAUUAUUGUUUCUUGUUGGUCUCGUCUGCCUCCUUCCUUUCCUUCUCUACCAGACUUGCUGCCUCCUUUUCCUUCUGGGGGUCGGGCGAGCUAUGCUCCCAUUUCUCGCUUCCUUCCUGCCCUGCUCCACCUGGACUCCACACCGCACUCAUCGACACUCCAAAUGGCGCCUCACCACCGCUUUUCCUACUUCGUUUCUUCUCCUUUCCUCCGUUUCGGUCUCUCGCACUACAGCGACCUUUCUCGGCACCCUUAAGAUCACGGCUGUUACUCCUGCCGCACAUCAGCUCCUCACCUUCCGUACUGUUUACCUACGUCCCUUUCAACGCUGUCGUCGUCCUGGUUUAUCACACUCCCGCGCUGGUCACUUCACCACUUAUGUCUCCAGCCGUCAACUCUGUUUGGAAUACCGCACCCUUCUUAACGACUUCAAACUGUGCCGUUUUUCGGGCCUCCUUGAUCCUUCUCUGGCGUAUUUUGAUCAUCCACAAUAUGAUCUUGAACGUAUACUACCCUACGGACCUUGGGAAGAUGAUCCAACCAUUGUUCCCUCCUUUUCUCCUCCUGUCGAACCCCUGUAUGUUGUGGACUCCCGUCUCGCCUCUGCCCUGAGCACACGUCAUCUCCAACAGCUUUUUGACUCCGCUCUACUACAACACAACAUGGUCUCCGAAAUCCGCCAUGCCCACAGUUCCGACAAUGUUUGUUCACCCCUCCUACGGCCCGGUUGCGCCACGGCUUCUAUUGCUGGUGGCACUCUCCCUUAUGACACCCUCUAUAGUCAUCGCUCAACCCCUUGGUCCAUGGGGUAUUCUCCUCCGUCCUCUCUACACUGUGCCUACGCUCAUGAUAAAGUAUAG